AUCAACCAUACGAGAAUAUGACACCCCUUUCGUCUCAAAAUGUUAUUACAGAGCAUAUAAGAAGAUCUGCAAAUUAUAAACCCAACAUUUGGAAACACCACUUUCUGCAGUCACUUGCCAGUAAUUUUGAUAAGGAAGAAUUUGUUAUGCUUUUAAACAAGCAGGUGACUGAAUUAAGGAGUCUUUUAGUUCAAGAGACAAGCGUUUUGCAAAAAUUACAGUUGGUUGAUUGGAUCCAGAAACUAGGUCUUGCCAACCACUUUCUGAAGGAAAUAGAUGAAUUUCUGGAAUCCUUAUUUGUCUAUGUCAAAAACAGCAACAUUAAUACAGUUGUAGAAGAAAGUUUGCGGGUAUCUGCACUAUGCUUCAGGCUUCUAAGACAGCAUGGAUAUGAAGUUUUGCCAGAUAUACUACUGAGCAACUUCUUAGAUGAAGAAGGUAAAAUGAUGAGAAAAAGCUCAUGUGGUGGUGAUUUAAAAGGUGUUUUAGAGCUUCUUGAGGCCUCACAUUUGGGCUUAGAAGGAGAAAACAUCUUCGAUGAGGCCAAAACUUAUGCAAUUAAUUCUCUCAAGGUUGCUUUCUCAACGAGUUCCGUGAACACCAAUCAACUUUCUACCCUGCUUGUUGAAAGAGUGGUCCAUGCCUUGGAGCUUCCCUCCCGCUGGAGAGUACCUUGGUUUGAAGUCAAAUGGCACGUUAGCCAAUACCUAAAUGGAACACAAAUGGACCCUACUUUACUUGAAUUGGCUAAAUUAAAUUUCAAUAUAAUUCAGGCCAAACUUCAAAAGGAGGUCAAGGAAUUAUCCGGGUGGUGGGAGAAUCUUGGCAUAAAUAAAGAGUUGAGCUUUGCAAGAAAUAGGUUGGUCGAAAGCUUCAUGUGUGCAGCAGGAGUUGCCUUUGAGCCUAACUACAAUUCUGUCAGGAAAUGGCUCACUAAAGUGAUUAUUUUCGUACUAGUUAUUGAUGAUGUUUAUGACGUACACGCCUCAUUUGAAGAAUUGGAGCCGUUCACAAUGGCAUUUGAGAGAUGGGACGAAAAAGAACUUGAUGCACUUCCAGAGUACAUGAGAAUUUGCGUCCGUGCACUUAAAGAUGUAACAAAUGAAAUUGCUUAUGAAAUUGGCGGGGAAAAUAAGUUCCACUUGGUGUUACCUUACCUAAAGAAAACGUGGAAAGACUUUUGCAAAGCAUUACACGUGGAAGCAAAGUGGUACAACAAGGGAUAUAUUCCAUCGUUGCAAGAAUAUUUAAGCAAUGCUUGGAUUUCAUCUUCGGGGCCUGUAAUUCUGCUCCAUUCAUAUUUUGCUACAAUGCACGAAGCAUCGGAUGAGAUAGAGGAUUUUCUACACACUUACGAAGAUUUGGUCUACAGUGUGUCUCUUGUAAUUCGACUAUGCAAUGAUUUAGGAACUGAAGUGGCUGAAAGAGAAAGGGGAGAUGCUGCUUCGUCAAUCCUUUGCUACAUGAAUGAAAUGAAUGUCUCGGAGGAAACAGCAAGAAAGCAUAUUCAAGACAUCAUAAACAAUGCAUGGAAAAAGAUAAAUGGGAUUUGCUCCUCUCGACUUGCUUCGAUGGAGUCAUUUCAUACCCAAGCCAUAAAUGCAGCUCGUGUAGCCCAUACCCUUUAUCAAAAUGGCGAUGGCUUUGGUACACAGGACCGAGAUAUCAAAGAGCAUAUCUUAUCACUAAUUAUUGAACCCCUAUAAAACUUUUAAGAUAUGUAAAAUGCAAUUUACCUUUCUGUGCGUAUGAAAUAAGUGAACUGAAUAUGUGGAAUAAAAACAUACAUUUCUCGUUUAAAUAUUUAUAAGUUUAAGUUAUUCCGUCGCCACCUUGUGUUUUUUUCAGAUAAAUAAAAUAAUUUAAAAUGUAUAUUAAGUGUGUGCCAUUUUUUUAAUACAUUUAUAUUACUAUCUUAAUUUUAUUAUAAUAAAAGUUGACUUUAAC